AUGAUGGUGGUCACAGUGCUUGCAGUACUGCUGAGUUGGAUAGGGAAGAUGACAUUGAGGAGGGUAGCACAGGAAGAGGGAACUCUUCUAAAUCUUAUGGAUAGGAUAUUAUCAUGGAAUGUUAGGGGUAUCAACCUAGCUCAGAAACAGGAUACUGUGAAGCAUUUUCUUCAUAAAUAUCAUGUGGGGUUAGUUGGUCUCCUAGAGCAUAAGGUUAAUCUUCCUAACUUAGGGAAGCUUUACCAAAGAGUUUCCCAAAUUGGUGUUUCUCUAGUAAUGCAAGUUAUCAUAAUGGUGGCAGAAUUAUUUUGGCUUGGAAUCCAGGAAGCUUUUCUCUCUAAUAGAGAAGUGUUGUGGAAAGAUUUGAAAGCUUUAAACACACAAGAUCCCUGGAUCUUGUGUGGAGAUUUCAAUUAUGUUAUGAGUACUGAUGAGAGAGUUGGAUCCCCUGUUAGGAAUGCUGAAAUAAUGGAUAUUUGUGAUUGUAUGCAUUUCUGUAGUAUGGAAGAUAUUAAGAGUGUGGGUAAUUUCUACACUUGGAAUAAUAAACAGCAUGGUGCAGCUAGAGUUUUUUCUAAAAUUGAUAGAAUAAUGGCUAAUCCUAAGUGGUUAGGUGUUUAUAGCUCAGCUGAAGUGUGUUUUAUGAAUGAGGGUUGUUUUGAUCAUUCCCCUGGAUUGUUGACUGUCUAUCCUAGGGAUACAGGGGGGAAAAAGCCUUUUAAGUAUUUUACAAUGUGGAAAUCUGCUCCUCAGUUUCUGACUCUUAUCCAAGAGCAAUGGAGUGGUACAGUUCAAGGGAGCAAGAUGUUUGGUGUUGUUCACAAACUGAAGAAGGUGAAGUUGGUUCUCAAAGAGUUGAAUAGAAAGGGAUUCUCUGAUGUUCAAGCUGCUGAUCUUCAAGCAUACCAUGACAUGAUUGCAGCUCAGACAUCAAUGCAUCUUGAUCCUGCUGAUCAGAGUCUUGCUGAUGCAGAACUCAGUGCAGUGCAGAAUUAUAAAAAUAAGCAUCAAGCCUAUUUAGAGUUUUUGAAACAGAAGGCAAAGGCUUCAUGGAUUAGGGAUGGUGAUGAAAAUACCUCCCUCUUCCAUUAG